UUACUUACCCAAUGAUCAAUAUAUAUGGAAUAUUACUUCUAUUGGAGAAGGCAAUUAUGGAACCGAGUAUACUUACAAUUAUAAUGAUUCCAUGUCAAAAUAAAUGCCUCCAAAUCCAAUUGUCUAAGAUAAGAAUGAGUUUUUACUUUUUAGGGGGUAAAAAAUUGUAAUAAUUAGAUAAGAACUUGGGAAGGGCUGAACGUGGUAGGUGGGGUUUGAGUUCAAGUCCUUAACACUGUGUUCAUUUGGAAAGGAAAAGGAGGGGAGUGUAGGAAAAGGAGGGAAAUCAGCAAUUCCCAUACACUUUUUCAUGUUUUCUAAAUUCAGAAUAGUGAUGAGGGGAAGGAAGGGGGAGGGGGUGAAAGGGUUACUGUUCCACCCACCCCCCAUUUUGGAGAGAAAACGUAACCUGCUUAUUAAUUCCCUUUUCUUAUUAUUAUUUGCCCUCUCUCCUCUCUUUUCUCCACUAUCUUCUUCCUUCUCCACUAGCAUAUAGAAUACGAACCAGUGGAAGAACAAAAAACAGAGGCCUUUUCUUCUUCUUUUUAUCCCUAAAGUUGGUCCGCCAUCUGUCUCCCAUUGCACAAAUAAUGACAAGAAAGCUAUAUUUCCAUCAUCCCCCAUAAUCUAUCCUACAUUCAUUCCAUUCAUCGAAAAUCUGCUGUCUCCCCAUAGAUCGACGCAGCUUCCUCUUUUUUUAUUUUUUUUCCUUGUGCAAGCAGCUUCCUCUUCUUCGUUCUUCCUUCUGAAUUGGUCUCUUUUCUCCAGUUUCUGUGGGUAAUCUCGAUCUGUAAUAUUUUUUUCUUUGUUGAUUUUUUCUGAAUCAAAACUUCUUUUCUUUUCCUUUUUCCCCAAAUCAGAGAACUAGGGUUCACUAGGGAUUAUGAUCCUGUGAGCAAUGAGUUCCAAAGAUCGAUAUAUUCCCUCCAUGGAAAACCCCACUAUUUCCUUCCAUCCCUAAUAUCCAUCUAUCCAUCACCAACAAAGUCCAGCAUCUAACUAAAAACAUAUCACAUCGGUUGCUGCUGAACUUUUGUUCUUCUUUUCCAAACCAGAGCCCUCCCACAGCCUGCUUCGUUCUUAUUUGGCCAGCGAAAAAUAGAGCAUUCUCCAAUGUCCAUGGUAAGAAACUCUACCCCAUCAAACAUCGUCUUUCCUUUCCCCCCCCCCCCCCCCCCAAAUCAGAAAAGCUAGGGUAUAUAAAAUUACUUUUAUUUUGUAUGUUACAGGUGGUUGUUGUUGCUUUAGAGGCCUCUAUUUUUUUCCUCUCUUGGUCGUUCUGGUCUUCUAGGAUUGCAUCAGGCUGUAUUGAGGUUUGGGGACAAUAGUGUCCGUUGUUGACGCCGCUAGGUAUGUUGCUCUACUGAUUGCAUUGUUGCAUUAUACCGGUUGCAACAUGGCUGCUGCUUUUGAUUUUUCUCACUUUAUGAUAUGAACCGAACUGUUUAGUUGUUUUCAUUGUCUCCCCCUUUAUGUAACUCUAGUUAUCCUUUGUUGAAUCUGUUCUCUUUGUUAGUACAAGAUGGUUUUGAUUAUUUGAUCUCUGGUUGUUGUGACUGUGCUUUUACAGGUUGCUUUUUUCUUUUGUUUAAGACGUUUCAUGGUGAUCAUUUGUUAGGACUAGAACCUGACUUUGAAAAGAGAACAUCAUGAUUUAGCCAUUAAAGUCCUUCAUCUGUCGGUAAAUGUAGAAAUGAUAAUAAUGUGUGUUGAAUAAAUUUUAUAGCAUUAACGUAGCAAUUUAAUUAUCAUUUAUAUCUUGAUUAGAAAUGAUAAUAAUGUGUGUUGAAUAAAUUUUAUAGCAUUAACGUAGCAAUUUAAUUAUCAUUUAUAUCUAGAUUUUUUCCGUACUUCAAGGUAAUGAUUCAUUACUUGCAUUAUGUACAUAUUACCAUAUCUUAAAGUGUCUUUCAAAAUCAUGUAUACUUAGAUGUAUGCAUACAUAUCUCCUCAGGAUUGCAUUGGGGCUAUUGAUGGUACACACUUUCGAGUGAAAGUAAAUCGCGCCAGUCAAACUCGUUUUAGAGGUCGGAAAGAAUGGCCUACUCAAAAUGUUUUAGCUUCAUGCAACUUUGACUUGCAAUUCCUAUAAGUUUUAGCUGGGUGGGAAGGGACAUCAUCUGAUUCAAGGAUUUUAAAAGAUGCAUUGGCUAGACCACAUGGGCUUGUAAUACCAGAAGGUAUGUCAUGCAGCAUAAUCAUCCUUGUAUGUGUUUCACCAUUACUUGCAUCAUUCAUCUUUUCAUUAAUGUUUUUAAUAACCUAUAGGGAAAUUCUAUCUCGGAGAUGGUGGCCAAAAGGGAAGCAGACAAUUGUGGGGGAGACAUCCACUAAGGAGAAUCUACAAUGGACAGAGGAGAUGAACAAUGCUUUGCUAGAAAGUCUACUAGCCGAGCAACGUAAGGGGAACAUGCACGAUGGCAUGUUCACAACUCAUGCUUGUAAAAAUGUCGGUAUUGCUUUGCGUGGGCUGUUUUCGCAUAAUUUCGACAAGGAGAAAAUAAAAAAUAGGCAGAAGACAUCGAAAAAUCACUUUGCAACUGUGAAAGACUUAUUCCAUAACAUGAGUGGCUUUGCAUGGAAUCCGGUAACCAAACUUUUUGAAGCUGAACCAAAAGUAUGGAAGCAACUAAUUCAGGUAUAUGAUCUAUUUUUUGCCAUUUUGCCUUGACUUUCCAAUCACAUACAUCUUAUUAUAAAAUUCAUUGUUGUAAUGUAGGAAAAGCCGAUUGCUAGCAGAUGGAUUAGGACACCCAUUAACAACUAUGACAAACUCUUUAAGUUGUAUGGGGAAUUUUGAGCAACCGGAGAAGGAGUUGCAAAUGCAUUUGAGACGAUCGAACGUUGGGAUAUGAGGUCUCCUGCAUUCGACAUUGAUUUGAAUAACAUGUCAGGAGAGGAUGAAGGUAUGAAUGCCUAUAUUCCUUCACCUUUUACACCUCGUGAAGGCACAAAUGCAUAUAGCUCCAAUGGUAGAUCUUCAUUUACUCUUGAUCCUCCACCAUCAGUCGACUCUCAUGGUACUACCUCUUCAAAGGGAACCAAAAGAAAAGCUCCCAUGAGAGAUGUAUCUGCCAAUCAAUUUGAGGUCAUGGCUGUCAACAUGAGUAGGAUGGCAUCAGGUAUAGAGAAAGGUGAUGUGAUUGUUGAACGAUCUGCCAAGGCUAUGGAGAAAGGAAAUGAGAUUAAAGAGAGGUCUUUGGUGAUUCUCGACCAUCAUAAGACUCACAUCUACAAAGAGGGAGAAAUUUUCCAAGAAUUGCAACGCUAUGAUAUUCUUGGAGAAAUGAGGUUGAAUGACUAUAAGUAUCUAGCAAAAAAUCCAGAUACCACAAGGGCUUUAUUUGGCUUGCCAGAAGAGUAUCGACAACAAUUCAUUGUUGAUUUGGCAAAAAAACAAACCUUCUGGCAAGUUGACUUUUGAUGUGGUCUAGCAGCAUGUUACCUAGUACUAACAGGUCGCCAUCUUUAGGACGGACUUAUGUAAGUAUAGUAUUAUCAGGUGACCUUUUUUGGACGGAUUGUACUAUGUAUCUCUAGUAUUAGCAUAUGCAUUUGGACGGAUUUAUGCACUUCUAGUAUUAGCAUGUUACUUAGUACUAACAGGUUGCCUUCUUUUGGACGAGCUUAUAUAAGUCUAAUAUUAUUAUGUGACCUUCUUUUGGUCGUAUUGUAUUAUGUAUGUCUAGUAUUAGCGGAUACUUUUAUUUUGGAUGAAUGUAUGUACUUAUAGUAUUAGCAUGUGACCUUAUGUUUGGAAAAUUACUAUUAUCCUGUUGCUUUUUGGACAAUUUAUGUAGCUGUAAUUUGUUGUAUGUUUAUAUAUUUAGUUGCUAUGUUGAUUACUCAAUAAAAUAGUUAACAAAAUUUUAGUAAUAGG